ACCAUGAUGUUGCUAAUCUCUUAGCAAUAAGCUUGUGCUGCUUGUUAGCGUGAAGCAGUUAGCUGUAUAAGCCUUAUAUAUUGUUCCCUCAUAAAGAAUCAUUAACAUUUAAAGUAAUAAGACGGAUUUGACUGUUUUAUGACGUAACAAAAUCAGGUAACUGAUGGCGACUCAGUCGAUCGCAGAGCGAACCAUCUCUGAGAACAGCCUGGUGGUGCUACUGCAGGGUCUUCAGGGUCAGGUGACCACUGUGGAGCUGAGAGAUGAGAGCAAGGCUCGGGGACGUGUCCUCAACGUGGACGCCUUCAUGAACGUCCGUCUGGAGGACGUUCUGUACCGGGACAGACAUGGGAACAUUUCGGAGAUGGCCGACAUGUUCGUGACUGGCCGUAAUGUCCGCUAUGUCCACAUUCCGGACCAUGUUGACAUCACAGAGACCAUCAAGAAGCAGCUGGAGAAGAUCCACAGAGUGCGUUGCUUCACUGGGAAAGGGAGGAAGGAGUACAGCAAGAAAAAAAAGUAAACCAGGAAGAAUAAUUUCCUGUAGAGGUUUUUGCUUUGAGGCUGCUGAUAAUCAGUUCAGUGUUGAAUCACAGACGUUUCUGUUGUUCCCGUGACACGUGACUGAAAAACGCUAACCUUUAACAACAGCGUUUGUGUAUCAGCACACGAUUCAUCUCAUGUCUAAAAUUUGUGUUUUCUGUAAGAAGUUUUUCUUUUAAAUGUUUAUGUGCAAAUACACACAUUGUAAAAAAAUGUAGGUUUCUGGUUUUCUGAACACACACACACACACACACAAACAAUAAACAAUACACAAUACAAUACUUCAUACAUAAUCAUACAAUACUUAAUACAUACAUAAUCAUACAAUACUUAAUCUACAUUUUCCAGUUUUAUAAUUUAAUUAUUAUUAAGAGUGUAAUCAUUGAAUAGAAAAAAAGGUCAUAGUAUUUAUGGUAUAAAGUUACUAUUAAAUAUACAACCCUACA